GCGGGGACAGGAGAGAGAGGGGGCGGAUUCUGAGGCCAUGGGAGGCGGCAAAGGCUUGAGGAGCCUAGGGCUCUCCACCGCGCCAAGGAGCUGCACUCCUGCGGCUGCGGAGGUGGUGAUGAAGGAAGGGACCAGCGCAGGGGGAGGGGCGGGGAGAGCGCGGCGGAAGCCAGAGAGCGCCUUGACCCUGCGCUCCGUCGGUCAGUGAGCGCGGGCCAGCGGGAUGGAGCCUCAGCAUCUGCGCCCCGGGUUUGGAUCCCAGAGCACAGCCUGGGUGGAACCGAAAAUCUUCAGUACUCGUCUCGCCACAUGAACGUUUAAAGCUAAAACCUUCACAGAGAAGCGAGAUGGAGCAGGAGCAGUGGCUAAUUGCUGAACUCUUCAAAACUUGGCGUAUGGAUCUCAAGAAUCUGAAUGAAGUGAGUUCUGGUUUCCUUCAGAAUGAAUCGAUAUGACCGCCAUGCGGGGCUGCUGGUGUACCACCAUCAUCCCCAACACUCCAGUUCAGAAGAUGGGUGGGGAAAGUGGAAAGUCUAAUCAGUCAGCCGAUGACCAGUGGGAAAAAUGAGCUACAAGAUCACCUGAUCUUCAUCAGUGAGAAAGCUUUGCACAAGAGGGUCUGCUAGAAAUACUUCAACCCAAAAUUCCAAAAUCACUAAGCAGAGAUCAAAAAUAAAUGAACUAGAAGAACUGAAAUUGGAUAUGAGGAAGAUCAGCAAUGACAUGGAGGAAAUGGGUGGAAUCCUGGAACUUUACAUAUAUGAGGAUUUGAACUACAGGAUGAACACUGAAUUCAACAUCAUUAAAUCACAACAUGAGAAGACAAUGUUGGAUAUGAAUGAAAUGAUCCAGUCCAUAAUUGUUUCCAUGCAGUACUCCAAGGAACUGAUAGAAGAUAACUAUUCCUACAGCAUUAAGGAGGACCACCUCCUCCGUGAGUGCACUCAACUCAGCGAAAAAGUAAGGAUAUUACUGAAUGAGAACAGAAAGCUGCUAGUGGAGCAGGCUGGAACGCAAUUGUCUCAUGGGGAAGAAAAGAGGUUCUGUGAGGAGGCCAGCAAGAACAUCUGUGCCUCAAGUGCCAAGGAGCAGCAGUGUGUAAACUCCAGUAGAAACCGGAACAUGGCACAGACCACGACAUGAUCUCCCUCAAAGAGAAGUGCUGGAGGAGGAGCACUGAGUGUGCACAGGAAAUACACCACUGUUGCCUCUCAUCCCUAAUAACCAUGGCUGCAAUGGGCUGUAUGCUCCUCCUUUAUUUUGGUUUCUUUGGUCUGAACAGGCCUUAAUUUCAUCUAGCCUGGACUGAAAUCCAGGCAUUUCUUUCUGUUCUCUUGGAAGUCUGCAGGAAGACAGCUCCUGGGACUUUUCUUCCUCCAGGCAACCAAUUCUCCUUUACCCAAGGUGACCCUUGGCGUGCGGUGAGAAGGGGGCUCUACCACAGUGGGCUUUUUCCUGAGUCCAAACCAGAUGCUUCCUUCUCCAUAAUAUUGUCAGCUGGCUUCACUUUUCAUGCUAUUUUAAGCUUUAAUUUUUUUUUUCUCCUUGCGGAUCAACAAUUUUGGUAAUAAAACAAGAAACAAACACUUGUCUCAGGUUAGUAAUAAAGUUGUUGCCUACUAUCUAGAAAUGUACCUGCCUUUUCUUUUUUUCUUUUUUCUUUUCUUUCCUUUCCUUUCCUUUCCUUUCCUUUCCUUUCCUUUCCUUUCCUUUCCUUUCCUUUCCUUUUUCUUUUUCUUUCUGUAAAAUGUGGCAUUUUACAGGUUGGGAUGUAGCACCGUUGGUGGAGUGUUUACCUAGCUAGUAUAUACAAAGCCCUUGUUUCAAUCCCUAGCACUGUGUAAGGUAGGUUGUGACUCGUGUCUGUAAUCUCAGAACUCUACAGGUAGACAUGUGGGAAGCAGAAAUUCAUCCUCAGCGUACAGUGAGUUUCAGGUUGGCCUGACCCAGAGGAACAUGGAAAAAACAAAAACAAAAACAAGAAAACCUAAAAGCUGAUGUGUUCUCUCUCUCUCUCUCUCUCUCUCUCUCUCUCUCUCUCUCUCUCUCUCUCUCUCUCUUGUCAUAAUUCUUUUGGUAGAGGGAAGGAAAGAGAAGAACAUGUAUUGAUUUCCCUGGUAUCUACCAAAUUUGUAUAUUACUUGUCGGUUAAUAUUAUAACAAACAUUAAAUUGUAUUCAGAAACAUAUUUUGAUUAUUAUCUUUGUGUGUUUUGGAUCUCAUGGCAGUAAUAGGUACCCGAGGUGUUAACUACCGUUUCUGUAACAGCAAACUGUCUCUCUCUACAGCCCAAUGCUGUGUAGUUUGUAUGGUUCAUUUGUUGUUGGCUUGUUGUUAUUGAUGUUGUUUGUGUUGCUGAGGCUAGAGUCUGGGGCCUUGUACAUGUUGGGCAGGCAAAUUCUCCACCACUGAGUCUCCAGCCACUUUUCUGGAGGUUUUUGUUGCUGUAGAUUGUACUGAAGAAGUCUUUCAGCUUUUAUAUUUGAAAAAGAUACCACGGCAAGAUACACAGCCACAACCAAUGCACCACAAUAAAUAACCAACCCAACACAUGACAUUAUGAUACAGUAAGAAUCAAUUUAAAAGAUAUAUCACCUCAUUCUUGGGUUUGCCUAUGUUCUUAAUUUUUAGAUUAAAAAUCUUUUGAAACAUUGAAUGACACCUCUCAUCUAUCAACUACUGCCAUUAAAUAUCGCAUCUUCACAGCUGAAUAAAUAGACCAGCCAACAUCCAGAAUAGUCCUCCAGUCAUUCAAGAAAGAGUUCCUAACUAAGGACAAAUUGUUUCUACUGAUUUCUUUCCUGGGGUUUCAUUUUGGAUUGCAUGUUCACUUUUAAAGAUGCUUGCUGAUCUCUUCGUGGACCAGAGAUGGAGGAAGCACUCCACUCUAUUUAUUUUUUCACCACAAGAUUAAUUCAGGUCAAUCUCAGCUCUCAGGUUUGUUCUUGUAGUGGUUUUGAAGGUUUCAAAGGAAAUGUUGCUGCAUGGAGAGCUAUGAAGCUGCUGAUGUUUGCAAGUCAGUUAGAGAGUGACUUCUACAAGCAGAUCAGAUUUGUGGCCCUGGUCUUCUGGCUGUCAGGGGAACACCACUUUGGCCACUGAUUCAAAGAAUGUUCUGUUGAGAGCAUUUGCUAAGGGGGUUCUGAUGAUGGCAACUUGCUGAUGUCAGGGAACUCCAGGGACAUGAGCUCACUGAAUCACUGCUUUCAUUGGAAAAGGAACUUUUUGGCCAGAACAAUCCUCUUAGAAUCUAUCUUUCUGCACAGCAGCUCUGGAUCAUUUCUCCAAUGCCCUGACUGGUUUAGCCUUAACUAUAGGGGAAAUCACACACACACACACACACACACACACACACACACACACACACACACACACACACACUGUGGUUAGCAUCUGCUUUCUUUCCCUGUCUACCUGGGCCACAAAAUUUCUCCACCUCAAAUAUUUUCAGGUCUCAAUAGAUAAAAGUUCUGAAACUUCAUCUUGAUAUGCACCAAUAAUACAGUAACACACAAUUUCUAGCAGUCUAUGUAACAUUGAUGUUUUGUCCAGGAGGCUCAUAGCUCUUUUUUCAAGUAAUCACCUAAUCCAACUCUAAGUCACAAAAAUUGCAAACCUGAAGACAAAAAGAAUCUAUUCUGAGUCAGGUGAAGUCUCUGCAAUGUUCUUUUGAAGUUCAUAUACUGUUUUCAGAUCUUCCCUCUGAUAUUCUAAAAUGUCACCAUCAUUCCUUCACUGAGGGCUUUAUGAAGAAUGAAGUAGGAAUAUUGAAUCCUCUCUGUGGCAUUGGCUUUAACUCACUCAGUCUUGGAAGAUACACUCAUAUCAUGGAUAAAUUCUGUUCUGCCACCCACAGUGCAGAGCAAGCUACAAAUCUAUCAGAUAUGUGUCAGCAUCUACAUGUUCACAGUAAUUCAUGCUUCAUGAUUUAUGACCACACAUCUUGAACGAUAAUAUGUCCUGUCUUGAUCAAACAAGCUUCACAUUAUCAUCCCCAAAUUUUAUCAAUCGCCAUCACCUUCAGUUUUAAAACAAACCCUGUAACAUCAGUUAUGGUUCUCUCUGCUGGAAAUCAGGAAUGCAUGGAAAAUAAUUUGUAGGGUCCUUAUGAUCUGUUUCUGCUAUCACAAAAUUCAGGAAGUCAUAAUUUUCCCAAUAACUCAAAUUAUCAUUGUCAUGACAGCUUUAGUCAUCUCAGGGUUAUGCUUUCUACAUCCUAAGCUUCAGUCAAAAUAUUAAUAGCAACCUCCAGCUAUGCUGACCGAGUGCAGUUUGCUGUUUCUGUCUAGUAGUUGUGCUGUCACAUGAUCCAUAAGUGAUCCUCAUAUAGUUUUCCUUUAUACUCAGCUGGAUCUCAUCAUAAUGAAUGGGGCUGGGAGCCCACAAUUCUGCCUUGUAUAUAGGGUGUCACCCUGCCUCUGGAUAAUUUUGCAUUGUACUAUCUGUACACGUCUUUCAGCUGAUGUUCAUUGAUCCAGCAACAACAUACAUAGCUGUUGAGCUUCAGGGUAGUAUAUGAAAUAGCUCAGCCAAAUGAUUAGUAGCUCCAACCUGCAAUGUGCAUAUUGCCUGGUAAACAUAGAGCUUUUUCAAGCAUUGGUAUAUUUUGCCCUGAAUCAUCAAUCUCUGUUGGUAUAAAAUACACUGUCUUGGCUUGCUGACCUG